GAGGAUGCUGGGCUGGAGGGAGGCCAGGAGGAUGCUCCGGGCUGGGUAGGGUGGAGCUGGCUGAGGAGUCUUCUGCCUGUUUGUGCUGGGUACUGGGAGAUGCAGGCGGGGAGACACCAGGUAGAAGGGGCAAAGUCCUCACUUAGGGCCUUGAGGGAGUUAAUGUGUAAUAUUCUAGGAUAUAAGCUUGACCACAAGUUGAGACCCUGAGCACAGGCCUCCAGGAGCCACUGGGAGCUGCCGCCAGGAGCUGUCACCAUGACGGGGGAACUUGAGGUUAAGAACAUGGACAUGAAGCCGGGGUCAACCCUGAAGAUCACAGGCAGGAUCGCCGAUGGCGCUGAUGGCUUUGUAAUUAAUCUGGGUCAGGGGACAGACAAGCUGAACCUGCAUUUCAACCCCCGCUUCAGCGAAUCCACCAUUGUCUGCAACUCAUUGGACGGCAACAACCGGGGGCAAGAACAACGGGAAGAUCACCUGUGCUUCAGCCCAGGGUCAGAGGUCAAGUUCACGGUGACCUUUGAGAGUGACAAAUUCAAGGUGAAGCUGCCAGAUGAGCACGAGCUGACUUUUCCCAACAGGCUGGGCCACAGCCACCUGAGCUACCUGAGCGUGAGGGGCGGGUUCAACAUGUCCUCUUUCAAGUUAAAAGAAUAAAAGACUUCCAGCCGAGA